ACGCCUGCAAAACUUUAUGCUGGGGUUCCACGCAGAUUUCGUGCCUGCUGUGUUUUUAUCUGUUACCUGGCAGGUGCAGCUGGUGGAGGACCCGCUCCGUCUCGGGACGUAAAGACCCGCGUGGAGUUCCUGUGUGGAUGUAAAAAAGAUCCGGUUCGGUCCAGCAUCUGGCGUCAUCCGUGUCCGUCCGUUCAUCAUUAGAAAAAAACCUCUGCAGUCUGCCAUUAAGCAGCAGGACUUGGCACAUGGUCACACCCUCAAACAUCCAUGCUCUACCUGCUGCUGAUUACCUGCAUCAGGAAUGAACAGAUCCAGGUCCUGCGUGGUCCGCCCCCCCAUCGCCAGAGUCACUCGCAGCGCCAAGUCUCAGGCGGCGCACCCAAAACCCACAGAGAUCCAGGACUCAGAGGAGGGCCUCUACGGCAAACAUAAAAAAAUCCAAAUGGAUUCAACUCCAGCCGCAGACCUCUGCCACAUGAGUGUGGAAACUCAGGACAUCUUCAUCACAAGUAAAGCGUCUGAUUCCAGCGGUGAUCCUCUGCCAGCCUGUCAGACCUCCGGCUCUAAAGCUGAUCGAGGCAGCCCAUCCUCACGCGGUGUGAAGUCUUCAUCCCCUCAUGAUCUGCUCUCGGUUGCUCGGCUGGUGAAGCUCGGCCGCUGUAAGAAUGUGGUGGUUGUGGCUGGAGCAGGAAUCAGCACAGCCAGCGGCAUCCCCGAUUUCAGGACUCCAGGAACAGGUCUUUAUUCAAACUUGGAGAAGUACAACGUCCCGUACCCAGAAGCCAUCUUCAACAUCGAUUACUUCUCCGACAAUCCGCAGCCCUUCUUCUCCUUAGCCAAGGUUCUGUAUCCUGGCAGCCAUCGUCCCAACUACAUCCACUACUUCAUCCGCAUGCUUCACCACAAAGGCUUGCUGCUCAGAAUGUACACACAGAACAUCGACGGACUCGAGAAGCUGUGUGGGAUCCCAGAUGAUAAAUUGGUGGAGGCCCACGGCAGCUUUGCCACCGCCUCCUGUCACCUGUGCUACACUCCGUAUCCUGCAGAAGAGGCUCGGUACGCCAUCAUGCAUGACCGCGUCCCCACAUGCUCGUUUUGUGCUGCAACAGUCAAACCAGAUGUUGUGUUCUUUGGGGAGGACCUGCCUCGCAAGUACUUCCUGCACAGAAAGGACUUCCCGAAAGCAGACCUGCUCAUUAUAAUGGGAACAUCUCUCAAGAUUGAGCCGUUUGCCAGCUUGAUAAAUUCGGUGCGUUCCACUGUUCCGCGGCUCCUACUGAACAGAAACGCCGUUGGCCCCUUUGAGAGGAUCCCACUGCGGAGAGGAGACCACAUGGAGCUGGGCGACCUGGCGGAUUCGGUGCGGAAGUUUGCUGAGUUGCUCGGCUGGGAUGGUGAAAUCCAGGAGCUGAUGGGGAGUCAGGAAGUGGAAAGUCCCAUGUUGUUGAGUAGCCCAUCCUCUCAGAGCCGUCUGCCUUUUCAGAACGGAGUGCCAUCGGAUCAUGAAAGCUGUGAGGAAACUUCCAGAGCUGCAAGUUCAAGAGUUUCCAGCAGCAACGAGGAAACAGACUCCGAAACGGACAGCAAAAGUUCUGCCUGAUCCAGAUCAGCUCUCCUCUCUAGUCAUGUUUCUCCUCUAAGUACAUUUGAUUAUGCAAAUGUUUAAUUUAAAUAAGCACAGAGGAUCAGCAGGACACUCGCAAAUGUUUUAUAUAUCUUUGGGAAAUAGUUUAUCGUGAAUGCACUAUAAUUUUAACAGUAUUUAAUAAAGAUUGAGACAAUUGAGUCUCUUGUUUAACAAA